UAAAAAAAAGAAGACCAUCCAUACACGCUCUCUCCUCUCUCAAGUCUCAACUCAACCUCCCCCGUCCCCAGCCGGCCGGUGCCCACUCCAGAGUCCAGACGCACGCGAUUGAGCGGCUGCGCCGGAGCCGCGCAUGGCCGCGCCGUUCGCGCGCGUGCCGUUGCUACGGGUGCCCAGCCAGUCCUGCCCCGCCUCCCGGAUCGUCCCGCGCAACUUCCUCCGGCCGUCGUUGUCCGCCGCCGCCGCCGUAGGAGGCGCGGGCGGGCCCGUGCUCCGCACAUGCAAGAAUUGCAAGAAGCAGUACGACCCGGCGACGAAUAGUCGAUCGUCCUGCCGCUACCACACGGCCCACUUUGGAGGAGAAACAAAGAGAAAAUUUGAAAGUGUCCAUGCUGGUGGAACCAUGGAUACUCCGGGUUCAGGCAAAGUGCUCCAGUACUGGCAUUGUUGUGGGUCAGAAGAUCCAUUUGAUGCUGGGUGUACUGCUGCUCCUCACUGUUCAUAUGAUGAUUGAAUACCUGGUUCCUGAUGUGUCCAUUGUGCUCUUGUGAAUUGUGAUACUACUAUUGUUUCACAUGAAUAGUCAUCCACAGAUUGUUUAUUUUUCCCUUAUGUGUUCUUGUUUAGCUGUCUUCCAAUAUUUGGAAACUGAAUGUUCUGUGAGUCUAAUUUGGAAACUGAAUGCUCCCUCGGUAUAUUUUUAGUCUAUAUUAUUCUUA